AUGGCUCAACAAUCGCCUCUUCCACCCGCUUAUUGGGAAGCUGCGGAAGAGGUGCUAUCUUACGAAACAUCUGAGUCGGAAUCAGAUGAAACGAGCUCGUCUGAAUCAGAAAGGGGAGAUGAAAGUGAGCACGAAGAGCCACGCCCGGAUCAAGAGUUGCAGCUUUCCGGGGAGUUAAGUCCGAUAAGCAAGAUCCCUUUCGUCUUUGUCGUCAACAAUAAGAGGUUUGGGGUAAUGGGGUCAGUAAAAUACUCUGACCGGAAGCUUAACGCCGAAGGCUCCCAGAUGUUUGCAUUUGUUCGCGAUAUCCAUAUAAAAUUGACGCACUUGUUGUUGGACGGGAAUGCCCUGCAGAACGCGCUUAUUUUGGAACCUGAGUUCCGGGAAAGAGCCGACGAUCUCACGGCAGAUAGCACAGGAACACUUCGCACCCUGCAUCUUCCGGCCGAGGCGAUGAAUGAUUUCAGUAGAGAGCAGCAGAGAAACUUCGCUGGUUGGCUCUACGCCAGCGUUGACCCGUCAGAGACCAGACUGCAUCUGACUGGCUCUGGAAAGAGAAAAGCCACGCUAAAUGAAGACGCAAAAUACGCUCUUUGUAUGUUGGUUGAUGGCAAGCUCGACCACUUCUCUCGUUAUCUGAGUGCUCGACCAGAAAUGAUCGACGAGUUGUCGAGCUUUCACAAAGGAUACGGUAUAUUUACUCGGUUCAUCAUCCCCAAAAUCGCGCCGCAAAUUUCUACAAACUACCUCAUGAGCGAUCUAUACCAUGAUUCGCGAAAUAUUCGCCGGAUCGCACACUCAGUAUAUCUGUGGCUGAGGGAGGAAUUUGGAGACAAACCAAUGGAGAAUUAUCGACAAGAUGAGAAAGUUGAGCACGUCUUGGCUCUCUCUGCAAUCGGGAUAGACGAAGGCUUGACGACAUCCCAGAAAUUCAAGGUUUUUGGGAUGAUAUAUGGUUCUAUUCAGGGCGGGGCAUUGAGGCAUAUGGCCGUCAUCCAACGCCGACAGGAAUGGAGAAAUAAGAUGGCAAGCAAAAUGAUCUCUGAACUGAUAGCAGCAGGGUUGCAGAUCCCAGGGAUCUUUUGCGUUCAUUGGGGAGGGAUCGUUUUAUCCUUUGGAGCAGCUUUGAUCAAACCGUGGACUGAAGAGGCAGCCAAGAAAGUCAUGGACAAGGUGAUGCCCGUCACUGGAUGGUUCACCUUCAUGCAUGGUGUAAUUCAGGACCAGCUCGACGAUCUUGAAAAUUGGGUUGAUGAGCAUAUUCCCCCUACUCAGUCCAAUGAUCGGGCUGACCUGGAAGAUUUUAUAUGCUAUGCCAGAUUUGGUCUUCGGAAAGGUCUACCGGACAUCAAAUAUGAUCCCUGA